AUGCGAAUACAAACCUAUAUUGUUCCCGUUUGCGGUAGUUUUGCUAUUUUGUCGGGUUGUUACCUGUUGGGCCACUACGAUUGUUCUUUUUUUUGGAUCAUACUUUUGGUCAUAUUAAAUGGAAUAAAAUCGUUUAUGUGGAGAAAAAGACAAAAAAGAUUAAUUGCAUUAAGACAGGCAACAUUGAAAGAACGCGAGGUAAUUAUGGCUCAGCUACAAGAUUUGCCUGCAUGGGUACAAUUUCCUGAUACUGAACGUGUAGAAUGGAUGAAUAAGGUAAUAUUGCAAUUAUGGCCAUAUAUUGGAGAAUAUUCGAAGCAGUUCUUGCGGGAAUUUAUUGAACCGCAAGUAAAAGCUCAAAUGCCUUCUGCAUUUAAAUCUUUCAAAUUUACUAAAAUGGAUGUGGGUGAUAUACCCUGUCGAGUUGGAGGUAUUAAGGUAUAUACACAUAACGUUGGUCGUGAUCGUAUUAUUGUUGAUAUGGAUGUCGCUUAUGCUGGCGAUUCUGAUUUUUCUGUUAGCGUUGCUGGAUUCACUGGCGGACUCAAUCAAUUGCAAUUUUCGGGUAAACUUCGUGCCACCCUUAAGCCUCUUUUGCCUUAUCCACCAAUGAUCGGAGGCAUAUCUGCAUCAUUUUUGGAACAACCAACAAUCGACUUUAAUCUAACUGGAUUGGGUGAAUUGGUUGAACUGCCAGGCCUAAUGAAUGCCAUUCGCUCUGUGGUUAAUGCCCAGGUAGCUAAUAUAUGUGUUCUGCCAAAUGAAAUAGUGGUGUCGUUGGCGCCUAAUGUCGAUGUUACAAAGUUAUAUUUUCCUGAGCCGGAUGGAAUAAUACGGUUGAAAAUUAUUGAAGCGAAAAAUCUGGAAAAUAGAGAUAUCAGUUUUCUAAAAAAAGGAAAAAGUGAUCCUUAUUGUGAAAUCCAAGUGGGCUCGCAGUUUUUCAAAACAAGAACUAUUAAUAAUGAUUUAAAUCCUGUAUGGAAUGAAUAUUUUGAGGCAAUCGUUGAUCAAGCGGAUGGGCAGAAAUUACGCCUGGAACUUUUUGAUGAAGACACAGCAGGAGCUGAUGAAGAACUUGGUCGAUUGGUUAUUGACAUUAACAAAAUACGUGAUGGGAUAUUUAUGGAUAAAUGGUGCCCAUUGGAAGGAUGUAAGCAUGGCGAUAUUCAUAUUAAGGCGGACUGGUUUGAUUUAUCAUCUUCUGUAAAGGAUCUUGAAAAACAGGACUGGAAUAUGGAUUGGUUGCAUGCCGAUAAACCAAUGCAUCCUGCAAUUCUAAUGGUUUUUAUCGACAAUAUUUCUGAUCUUCCCUAUCCGCGAGCAAAGCUGGAGCCAUCGCCUUUUAUUGAAAUCUCUUUGGGCAAAGAUUUAUACAGAACACCUGUAAAAGUAAAAACAGUUAAUCCACUUUUUCAAAGCAAAUUUACGUUUUUUGUUCGACAUCCAGAAGGACAAGAGCUUAAGAUCGAAGCUAUUGAUGAUAAUACUAAACGGUCUUUGGGGGACUUGAAGAUUCCGUUAAAUUCGAUUGUAGAUGAACCAAAGAUGGAAAUAUUUCAACAAACUUUUGUAUUAAAUCAAGGGGUUCAUCAAAGUCCGAUCGUCAUCACAGCUCGGAUUCGUGUUCAUAUACAAAAAAGCAGAUUGUCUUAUUUGUUUGACGAAAAUUGGAAAAAAUUUUUUUGGCUAAAUUUUAGUUUUUUAUAUUUCAGGGAUUAUUCUCGAGGCCGAUUGCAAUUUAGCCUUCGGCAUGACAAAACGACUAAUAAACUAAUCAUAAUAAUUCACUCUGCAACCAAGCAAGGAUCGGCCGACCCAUAUGUUUCUAUCAAACUUGUUUCCAUAGAUAAUUCUUUGCCAAUUCAAAAACGAAAAACUGCUGUAGUACAACAAUCAUUAGAACCCCAGUUUGAUAAUCAUUUCGAUUUUGAUGUUCAUUCAAGCGAUUUACGUAAUUAUAAGCUGCAAAUUCUUGUGAAAGAUGCAACGAAUUAUGGCGUUUUUGCUAAAGCACCAAUUAUUGGAAUGAUCAUAUAUGCAAAUAGCUCAAAUCGAUGGAUCUUUCCUCAAUUUUUUCAGUUGGGCCAUGUUUAUUAA